AUGGAAACAGCAUCCAGGAAAGAAUCUCUGUUCUCUUCUGUGGUUCCAAAGCCCUUGUCUCAGCUGAUCUAUUCCUCCUGUUCCUGUAUACAAUCUGAUACAGUGUCUCAGCUGAUCUAUUCCUCCUGUUCCUGUAUACAAUCUGAUACAGUGUCUCAGCUGAUCUAUUCCUCCUGUUCCUGUAUACAAUCUGAUACAGUGUCUCAGCUGAUCUAUUCCUCCUGUUCCUGUAUACAAUCUGAUACAGUGUGUCCUCAUGCUGAUCUGAUAUGUCUCUCCUGUUCCUGUAUACAAUCUGAUACAGUGUCUCAGCUGAUCUAUUCCUCCUGUUCCUGUAUACAAUCUGAUACAGUGUCUCAGCUGAUCCAUUCCUCCUGUUCAUGUAUACAAUCUGAUACAGUGUCUCAGCUGAUCCAUUCCUCCUGUUCAUGUAUACAAUCUGAUACAGUGUCUCAGCUGAUCCAUUCCUCCUGUUCAUGUAUACAAUCUGAUACAGUGUCUCAGCUGAUCCAUUCCUCCUGUUCCUGUAUACAAUCUGAUACAGUGUCUCAGCUGAUCCAUUCCUCCUGUUCAUGUAUACAAUCUGAUACAGUGUCUCAGCUGAUCCAUUCCUCCUGUUCCUCUGAUCCAUUCCUCCUGUUCAUGUAUACUGAAUCUGAUACAGUGUCUCAGCUGAUCCAUUCCUCCUGUUCAUGUAUACAAUCUGAUACAGUGUCUCAGCUGAUCCAUUCCUCCUGUUCCUGUAUACAAUCUGAUACAGUGUCUCAGCUGAUCCAUUCCUCCUGUUCCUGUAUACAAUCUGAUACAGUGUCUCAGCUGAUCUAUUCCUCCUGUUCCUGUAUACAAUCUGAUACAGUGUCUCAGCUGAUCUAUUCCUCCUGUUCCUGUAUACAAUCUGAUACAGUGUCUCAGCUGAUCUAUUCCUCCUGUUCCUGUAUACAAUCUGAUACAGUGUCUCAGCUGAUCUAUUCCUCCUGUUCCUGUAUACAAUCUGAUACAGUGUCUCAGCUGAUCCAUUCCUCCUGUUCCUGUAUACAAUCUGAUACAGUGUCUCAGCUGAUCCAUUCCUCCUGUUCAUGUAUACAAUCUGAUACAGUGUCUCAGCUGAUCUAUUCCUCCUGUUCCUUGUCUCAGCUGAUCUAUUCCUCCUGUUCCUGUAUACAAUCUGAUACAGUGUCUCAGCUGAUCUAUUCCUCCUGUUCCUGUAUACAAUCUGAUACAGUGUCUCAGCUGAUCCAUUCCUCCUGUUCAUGUAUACAAUCUGAUACAGUGUCUCAGCUGAUCCAUUCCUCCUGUUCCUGUAUACAAUCUGAUACAGUGUCUCAGCUGAUCCAUUCCUCCUGUUCCUGUAUACAAUCUGAUACAGUGUCUCAGCUGAUCUAUUCCUCCUGUUCCUGUAUACAAUCUGAUACAGUGUCUCAGCUGAUCCAUUCCUCCUGUUCCUGUAUACAAUCUGAUACAGUGUCUCAGCUGAUCCAUUCCUCCUGUUCCUGUAUACAAUCUGAUACAGUGUCUCAGCUGAUCCAUUCCUCCUGUUCAUGUAUAUCUGAUACAGUGUCUCAGCUGAUCCAUUCCUCCUUGUCUCAGCUGAUCCAUUCCUCCUGUUCCUGUAUACAAUCUGAUACAGUGUCUCAGCUGAUCCAUUCCUCCUGUUCCUGUAUACAAUCUGAUACAGUGUCUCAGCUGAUCCAUUCCUCCUGUUCCUGUAUACAAUCUGAUACAGUGUCUCAGCUGAUCUAUUCCUCCUGUUCCUGUAUACAAUCUGAUACAGUGUCUCAGCUGAUCUAUUCCUCCUGUUCCUGUAUACAAUCUGAUACAGUGUCUCAGCUGAUCCAUUCCUCCUGUUCAUGUAUACAAUCUGAUACAGUGUCUCAGCUGAUCCAUUCCUCCUGUUCCUGUAUACAAUCUGAUACAGUGUCUCAGCUGAUCCAUUCCUCCUGUUCCUGUAUACAAUCUGAUACAGUGUCUCAGCUGAUCCAUUCCUCCUGUUCAUGUAUACAAUCUGAUACAGUGUCUCAGCUGAUCCAUUCCUCCUGUUCAUGUAUACAAUCUGAUACAGUGUCUCAGCUGAUCCAUUCCUCCUGUUCAUGUAUACAAUCUGAUACAGUGUCUCAGUUCAUGAUCCAUUCCUCCUGUUCCUGUUCCUGUAUACAAUCUGAUACAGUGUCUCAGCUGAUCCAUUCCUCCUGUUCCUGUAUACAAUCUGAUACAGUGUCUCAGCUGAUCCAUUCCUCCUGUUCAUGUAUACAAUCUGAUACAGUGUCUCAGCUGAUCCAUUCCUCCUGUUCCUGUAUACAAUCUGAUACAGUGUCUCAGCUGAUCUAUUCCUCCUGUUCCUGUAUACAAUCUGAUACAGUGUCUCAGCUGAUCUAUUCCUCCUGUUCCUGUAUACAAUCUGAUACAGUGUCUCAGCUGAUCUAUUCCUCCUGUUCAUGUAUACAAUCUGAUACAGUGUCUCAGCUGAUCUAUUCCUCCUGUUCCUGUAUACAAUCUGAUACAGUGUCUCAGCUGAUCUAUUCCUCCUGUUCCUGUAUACAAUCUGAUACAGUGUCUCAGCUGAUCUAUUCCUCCUGUUCAUGUAUACAAUCUGAUACAAUGUCUCGGACAAUCCAUUCCUCAAUUGGGUAG